AUGCCAGUAGUGGUGCUAUUGCUGCCUCACACCAGGGAUUUUUAUCAACUUCCCAGUCUAGAUCCGUUGCUUUUUGUUAAUGCAGGUUCACCUCGGGCAGGGUGUGGUUCUACACCACUCACGGACAGUCAUGGGCUUAUAGUGUCCUCAAGACAUCCCCAGUAUGGUCAGCAGGCCUCAGCUACUCCCCUGGUGCAGAAGGAGGAUCAAUCUGUCUUCAGGUCGAUCUUGAAGAAUUGGCUACCUCCCUCCGCUCCUUUACGCCCAGUAGAAAAUCAAAAAAUAAAAUUCUAA